UGUAAAAGAGACAAUGGAGCAAUGUGUAUGGUUUGUGAUUGGGUGAAGGUUUCAUAUUUCCUAAGCAAAAGCCUAACAGCAAAACACACAAAAGAGCUUUGCAUAUCUUGAAAUUAUGAAAACCAAAUUGUAUAAUGAUAAAUACACAAGUAUUUUAUAUUCAUAAUGUUAAUCUGCAAGAAAUUAAACAAAAAAAUCUACAUUGCUUUGGUUGGGGUAAAUUUGAACUCAAACUGGCUCAGUUAUUGAGAAUUUUGUGAGACCCGACUUUUAAUGAAUUUCAUGUAUGGAUCCAAUAAUGAGUACAAAAACAUACUAAUGAUGUAGCAUUACAGAGUUAUAUUUCUGUAGCUGGGUUUUUAUUUCAAUCAUAAGCUGGUAUGUAGUUAUCCUUAUGUAAGUAUAUAAGGUCAUAUCUUAGGAAGACCUAGGCAUCAGGAAGUUUCCUUAUUUAUGUUGUCAAGUAAAUCUUAUUUUUUAAAGUAUCUUUUGUUGGAGACAGCAUACAUAUACCUUAAACUACAUACCAUCAUGAAGUACUUGUUCAGUGGCAUUGCUAUAGAUUAUUUCGUUCCUUCUUAUAACCACAUAUGUCAUAUUUCAAAUGUGUAAAGGCUGAAUCUAUGAAAUUCUUUUUACACAUAGGUUCAAAUAAAACAUGUCUGGACUUGUUCCAAAACAUAAAUUUGAACAGCAAAAUAUCUCAAAUGGUGUUAUACAAAUCAGAACCAAAAUAUCUAAAUCUCCAUUCUGAUAAAUCUUGGAUCUUUCUCGUAUUUUGGAAAUUUUCAUAUGCAAAACUCCUUUUGUGUAAAACCAAGUAUGUCUAUGACUAUAACCCACUGUUAAACCUUAAUCUACUAAUUCUGCACUAGUAGUCCUUUAUUUAAAUAUAUAUAUAGUCAGCUUUGCUUAAACAUAAAGUAAUUAUUUUAAAAUCUGAAUGUUAAAAUUAAUUUAAUGUGUAUGGUCUGUUGUAUUCAAGCCAUAGCCAAGUAAUCAUUUACUUUUACUCGUUCAAAUACUAACAAUUUAAGACUCAUGAAGCAUGGUAUUGGUAUUCUAUAGGUUUGACACAUCUCAGUAGGUGAUAAAUUAAAAAUGUAUGAUGCCAUUUGGAGGCUUUUACUUGAGUUUUUUUCCUUCAAAUUUUACUUGAAAACUGAAUUGAAAAACAAAAUGUUUGAUUUAAGAUGGAAAGAAACUGCAUUGUAAUAUGCCGUUUAAAUGCUAUCAAUUUAUCUGCUUGAUAAAUUGUUCAACUAUCAAAUUUUACCAUCUGGUUUAUAGUUACAUAUGUUACCAUCUCACUUUCUAAGUGAAUAAAAUAUUCCAACCAAAAGAAGUAAAAAAAAAAAAAAAAAACCCAGAAACAGUCCAGGCAACCUAACAGCAUUUGAAAACAUAGCCUUAUAAUAAUUAGUGCCUCAUUAUCCUGUCUGUUGGGGAGAAAGACACUUCUCUGGCAAUUUAUUCAGGAACCACAAACUGAACCAUUCCAUCUUGAAAGAACAGUUCAUAAUAAUACCUGUUCCAGACUUCAGGUUUUAAAACUGUUUCUAAUAGAAAUGAACAGAGACUCCUGCUGAGAUCAAAAGACUGCUUUGUUUUAACUGAAACAGUAAACAUCUGUGAAGUUGCCUAUGCUGGUGUCUGUUCUAGUUAUGUCUUUGUAAAAUGCAUUACUUAAUACAGUUGAGUCCAUAAAGGAUUAGUAUGUAUUUGACUGAACUGUCAAAAAUGCAAAGAAAGCAGUGGAACAGUUAACUUGAAUCUGGUGGGGUAGAUGGUCCAUAACAAAAAUAAAUUCCAACAAUUUUAACUUCCCUGCACUGUCAAUCUUAUAGACAACUACUGCUUAGAGAGGUCCAAUAAAUGCUAUUUGUUCUGAAUAAGUGGCAGAUAUUGCCAAUUGAUAUGAAGCCCAUGGCUUUGUUUAGACACGGCAAAAAGAAACUGGACUUGUACUAAUUGCCGAUAGAUAUCAUAGCCAGCUUUCCAUUCAAGCAGUUCCAAGGGAAAUGCUAUUCCACAGCAUUUAAUCUUUUGAACAUAUGACUUUUAUUAAAGGACUGUUCAGGGGCAAUAUAUAUCAUUUACUUUUGAAACUAAAGUCCCUAAGAGAUUGAAAUAGCACACCAUUUAUAGACUUUGAGAUCUCUUUCUAUGCAGAGGGUAAUUCCAUUAUGCUACAGCAGAAAUUUUAAAAAUGCUUAACAACAAACCAGCAGUUUUCAGUUCAUUGGUGGAAUCAAAUCAGUGAUUUAUAGGCACUUAAGAUUUACUUACUUACAGAAUUCUUUUUCAAAAUUAGACAAUGAAUUUUAAAAUUGUUCUAUUGAGCAGAAGAGAACUCCAGAAAAAGCCAUGCAUUUUUGUCCUUAUGGUAAACCUUAAAUCGCUAUGAAGACAUUUUGCUCUGGUUAAAAUUUUUAUAUUUUUUCACUUGCAGUCGCGUUUUCUUCUUUGUUAUCAUAAAAAAGAUAUUGUACAUAUUUCUCUGCUUUCAGCAUUUUAGAAAUGCAAAAGCUAAUAAUAUCAAGUGUAAGGUUCAGUGUGAACUCAAAAGACUGAUUCUGAAAGCCACGUGGUAUGUUCUUUGUCUUGCUUAAUCAAUUGAGUGGGAAAAAAAUUCCACAAUGUUUCUACACUGUCACAGACUUUAAAGAAGUUCUACCCAUCUGUACACAUCCCUGUGUUCAUAUAUUGGCUCAUCUAAAUAUAAAACAAUCAAAUAACAUUGUCUAAAAACAUUCUGAACUAGCAUUUAUGUACUCCAUGUACACAAAAGUGUGUUCCCAGCCUUAACCAGAAGGGGCAUUUUGGUUAUGUCCACUGCACAUUUAUACGUGACUGUGCUGUCUUUUUUUUAUAUUAUUAUUAAAAGACAGUGGAGUCUAAAAACCACAUUUCUUAAUAAAAAUGGAUGAAAACAUAACACAAUAUUCCCAAAAAAUAAUUCCGUAUUUUUAAACUAUUGGACUACUAAAUUUUUCACAUGUGGCCAUAUAUCUAUACAGAUGUGUGGGUGCUUAUGUAAAUUUGUAGGGCUAAGUGUGUAUGUGGAUGUGUUAUAGAAGUAUUUGUGUAUGUGUAUAGAACAGAAAUAGUAAAGUAUAAUAUUUGUGACACAACCUUAUAAGUUACUGGCUUUUAUGGACUUCAUGUCACAAAUUGCUGCAAUGUUGGGUCAUAGGUAAGUUCAAAAGUAGUUUGCUAAACAACUAUGCAAAAUGAUUCCAAAUAUUCAGAUGUACUGAUUUUUUUAAAAAAAAAUUAGAAUCAGGUUGUAAAACAUUUGAUAUUCAGACAAAUCCAACAUUGCAUUAACAAUUAAAUAUAAGCACACAUUAAUGUUUAUAUAUCUGAUAUCCAGUUAGUGAAAUGACUGAAUACAAUUAUCAGUUUUCUCUAGUGUGUGUUUAUUGAAGACACAUAAUGAUUGUCAGUCAGUAUCCACUAAAAAGGAGGUACUCAUUUGUAGGGUUUUGAGUAGUUGAAUAUUAUGUUGAAACAUAAAUAGAACAGAAUCUAAACUAUAUUUGACCUGAAGUUUAGUAACAAAGCCAGAUAACCUGUAAGGCAAUUUUAUAUGUUGUUUGCAAAACACUAUUUUAAACUGCUGGCAUAUUUUACUAGUUAUAAAUUUCUGUUAUAAGUGUGUGUGUGUAAAUAUAUACAGGUAUGUAAGUAUGUAUGUAUGUAUGCACACACACUGACCGAUGCUAUUUGAAUGAAUUUACUAUAUAAGCAUACAUUUGCUAUUUAUGCAUAUUUGCAUUAGCUUUGCUAGCAUUUCUAAUUGUGCAUGUUAGUGACAACUGUAUUUGAUUGAGAUAUUCCACAACACUACAGUGUGAAUUCAGUAUACCAAUGCCUGAUGCAGUCUAUUAUACUGUCAACUGAAAAAUACUUGUAAUUUUGUGCCUGUAACGCAUAUGGAAAAGAUAGGAAAUCUGAGGCCCUACCUAUAAUUUUUAAGGUGCAUGAUAUAUUGUGUCUUAAAAAUGUGGUUCAUUUUAGUAAAAAUGAUGAUAAAUUCCAAGAUAGUAUAAAUGAUGCAUGUGAUACAUGGGUGUUUGUAUUAUAUAUGGCCACAAAAUGUUUUUAAAGCCAGGGUAGUAGGUAUCUGAAAAGUUAGUGGAAAAGCUAUGAAAGUUAAUUUUCUUCUGAAGAUUUUGUUUUCAAGAUUAUAUUCAUCAACAAUGCAAGGAAUUGAACUUAUUUGUUCUAAAUUUUUACCUUUCAAUAUACUAUGAACGUUAAUUUGGAUACAAUUUUAUAAAAUGAUUGACAUACUUUCUGCUUACAGUUUGAGUUACUUGGAUAUGUAGUCUUCUGUUUAAAACAGUAGUUAGUGUUAAAAUGUUUUAAACAGCUAUAGGUUUAAAUUCCACCAGUCAAAGCCAUCAGCAAAGUUUUAUAGAGCUAAAUUCUGAAAUGUUUCAUUGAACUAAUUUUUAAAGUCCCAUUCCUUUGUGCUGCAGUUUCAUUGUAAAAUGUUGUACCUUGUGUUUCACUGGACCCUGCUAUUCCUCUCAAAGUUAACUUUGUGACAUCACCUUAGGUUACAUAUAUAAUAAACAGGAAAAAUCUGCUAUGUUGUUCGGUGAAUUCUUUCAGAAUCCUUGAUAAGUAGACAUUGAAAUUGAAAUGAUUGUGUAGGGUAAGAGUUAUUUUCAUACUUAUGACACUCGUGAUAUAAUUAGCAUCAGCAAGUGAUACUUGAGAUAUUGCAGAAUAGAACUACAUGACAUCAUCUGAAGUAUAAAAUACUGACCAAGAACAAAAUAAGAGUACUAUCUGAUGAAGAAUUCUAUUUCACUCAGUUACAUUAAAAUCAUUAAUGUACUUUCAGAGCUACCUUAAGGGCAAAUUUUUCAACAAAUUGGCAACUAGUUGGAAAAAAAUCAAAUUACCAUGCAUUUUUAAAAAAAAACAUUUUAGCUGUCUCUCAGACUUGAAGUCAUUUUUCCUAAGGUCAUCUAACUUACAGGGGGGAAAAGGAAAUGUGUAUAUGUGAUGUGUGUGUGUAUGCAUUUAUUUCCAAAGCACUGAUAAACUGUAAAGUAUAUAAUAAAAUUCAUAAAAUAAUGAUAAUAAAAUACUUGUUUCUCCAGCUUUAAUUUAGAAUCCAUAACCUAUUUGUUCAUAAUAUGGUGUAAGGGAGAGAAAAAGUUCUAUUGAUGUAGGUAGAAUGUAUUUUAAUAUUAAGUUUAUUAUAGAAAAUAAAAAUUCCGGUUUUAAAUCUAACAUUUCUGCUAGAUUUAUUUUAACAUUAAAAUUGCAGUUUGCUUUAGUCGAUUCUCUUUAGUAUUGCCUUGAUAACCUAAAUAUAAUCAAUACUGUAAAGAACAGUGGUACAACUGGAGGGAAUGUUUGCAAGUUUAUAAAAUUCCAAACUGUGUUUAUAUUUUCCAAUAUAUAUAGUAGAGCUUAAAAUAAAAGGGAGCAAGUGCUUGGAAGAGUAAAGAGCUCCUUUCAUAACAGGUUGGGAAUCCUAUUUAAGGAGUAAAUCAUAGAAUUAUUUUAUUGAGAGAGGGGAUACACUACAUUGCUUCCUGACCCCCUUCCUAAUUCUGAUUUUUUGAAGAGUAACUUAUAAAAGGAGGCAGCAUGCCCUUCACCACCUCCAGUUCAGAUUCUGAAUUUAUAGGUCUUGGCCUGAGUAUGGUCACUAAAAAGGAAAGACGAAAAGACUGUCUGAUAUAACAGAGUUGUAACUAAAUGCAUUUAUUUUGUAUUCUUGGUUCCUGUGACUUUCCUAACAUAGAUUUAAUGACAGUAUUCCCACUUUCAUUUUCUCUUUCUCUAAGAUAAACCAGUUUCCUAAAUAGCAGUUCUCCAGUUUUUUUAAAACUUUGACCAAAUGUUUAUAACAUUUUGCAAUUUUCAAUAGUCAUUUUUGUUAUCCACAUGAUUAUCCAUCCCAUAAACUUUAUUUUGGCUAAACUUACUAUAAAGAAUACAGACAAGGGGAAUUUGGAAAAGGGGAUCGAUCCCUUUGUACCUUGUUUCAAAUAAUGGAGCUCUCUUAUAAUUGAAGCUUGAUGUCAUCAAUUUAUGUUCUACAUUCACUUGGAUUUCAAACUCACUGCAUCAGGAUUAUGAUUUAAUUUUAUUGCACAGGGUCAUUCUUUAGAAAUUCUGUGUCAAGUCAAUACCACCAAGACAACUGUGUGCUUUUGUUAUGUAUCCAUUGGUUGUUUCCUUUAUAAAAUUGGUCAAGUUGAUUUCUAAUUUUUUAAAAUCAUUUUCCAAAUUAUUGUUAACAAAGUAAUAAUCAUAUGCCUAAGUAAAAUAUGGAUUAGAAAUAAUACAAUUAUUUAGCCAAAGCUCAAGUUACUGGUAAGAUUUUUCUACCUUGAUCAGAUCAACUGGGUCAAUUGGUAUUUUUGAAAACUUUAUAUGGAGUGGACCCCGGUUGAUUGACACCAUUAAUACAAAUAGCAGGAGUAACUCAUACCAUUUAUAUUUAAAAUGAACUGUUUUUCCUACAGUCAUCAGAUACAUCUUGGUAAAAUGUGGUUAGAGCUGUUAUGUCAGAUUUCUCACUUACUUCAAAAAAGUGUGAUAUGUUCUCCAUCUGUUAUAUGAUCCCAAGUUAAAUAGCUACACUUAGGAUGUGUUCUUACUUAGGGCAGUGCUUUUAUGAAGGUGUGCCAUAAAAGCAUCCAGGUGCCAGCAACCUGCCCACAUGGUUCCCAUUAGAUCUGCUUGGAGGUGAUGACAUUUCAAAUGUCACAAUAUCUCUAGAGCAGCUAAUUGCAUUAAAUUCUAAAAUAACUGUAUGUUUUUUUAUUGUAUAUCCAGAUGUCUUAGAAUUAGCAAACUUACUAAAGAAAACAGACUAUAAAAUGUUUUAUCUGCUCAAAAAAACAUAAUAGAUAAACCCAUGUAUAAUAAGCAUGCAAAAAUAUAAGUGAACUUCUUAGCUUCUUUUGGUCAUAAAUAAAGUUUGGUUUAAUCUCAUUAGGUUAAUUUUAAAGAAAAAGAACUUGCACCUUUUCCUUUUACUAUUUUCAAGAUCAGUCAGUUUUAAGGAUGAUAAUUGAAGUGUUUCGGCACUAUGUAUAUUUAGGAUUAGUAGCAAACUUAUACAAAGAGCCAAUCUUAUUCUAAAUGACUUCAAAUGGGAGAGAGAGCAGAAAUGUUGGGUGACAAAAUCAGAAUUCCAAAUAACCAGCUGGAAGGAUGUGAAUGUAAUAAAAAUGACAUUUAACAUGAGUAACUGUGAAGUCCUAGACUUGAUCCAAAACACCAGCAUCCCAAAUGCAAAACAGGGUGACCAACCCAACUGUGAGCUCAAGGAAUGACUAAAUGUUAUGACUCUAUCAAUAAGUCAUUAUGAUCUCAAAUGCAUUCAUUCUCUAUUCACAAGGAAGAAAACUAUCUUUUCUGCUCUGGGCUGUUCGGUGUGCACCUACAGUAUUACCUUCAGUUUGUUGCUUUGUUUUAAUUUUUAUUGAGGUUCCAUUGUUUUAUAACAUUGUAUAAAUUUUGCAUUCAGUUUUGAGCACCAGCAAUCACAAGAGAGAGUGACAACUGACUGUGUCACUCCACCAGGAGCAUCAAAAGGUGAUGAAGAUUUUGCAUGAUUAACAACCAAAGAAACUGGGAAUAUUCAAGUUCAAAAAACACAGAAGGAACCAAGUAGCUCUUAACACAUGAAACAGGUCCAUCAUUAAAGCCAUUUUGUUCAAGUAGUAACAUUGAUUGAGGAGGAAAAUAUACUGGCAAUGUUGUACAAAUGGGUGGACUGUGUUCAUUAUUUAAGAACCUGGUAUUGUUAUAUGUCAUUCUGUUUAAAGUUGCAGUUUCCAAGAACAUAUGCAUUAAGUCAGGGCGUACUGUAUCUGAAGCACUAUCUUAGGAAAAAUGGGUUAGAUCUCUACUGAUGACACCAGAGGUGAGAUCUGGGAUGAAAAAAUGGGAAAUGAAGAGAGACAUCUUUUCAACCUAAUUUAAGAAAGAACUUUCUUUGCCUCAUAUUACAAUUAAGGGAAUACCUUGGAAGUAGAGUGUUCAGUACUGCAAUAUUUCAUUUGACUACAUAGUUGGUAUUUUUGUAGCUGAAAUUUGAUCUCUAGAUAGAAGUAGGAAGUAGUAGACAAUAUUUAAGGUCCAUUCCAGUCCUUUAAAUUGUUUGAAUCCACAAAUGGUCAUUGUUUUGGAAAAUGUAUUAUGUUAGCUGUCUUUGGGGAGAACAAAAGAUAACACCAUUAGAAAUCAAUUUUUUUACUCCAUUUAAGCAUAAUAGGUAAAAAAUGGGAACUUUCAAAUUUUAGACUACCCUAUGUAUAAUUUUUUUAAAGAUUUGUUUAUUUAUGCAUACAAGAACUGGGGUACAGGCCAGAGAUGUGGGGGGUGAGAGGAUUCACCAGAGACAGACUGGGGAACAGAACAGGCAGACUGAUCAAAGUACACUGCCGAGGGGAGCAGUGGGUGAGACAGGAGAGGUCUGCCUCGCCACGUGGGUAGCUCCCUGGCUGGCCGGGGAUCGAACACAUGCUGCAGAGGGCUGCAGAUUGCUUCAUAGUGCAGUGCUUAACUAACCCUUGUGCCACCAGGGAGGCCUUGUAUAAUUGUUUUUUAAUUAAAAUUGUCUGUUACUCUCAAACAACAUGAAAUUUAAAAUGAUAUUACAUUCUUAACAAAUCUAAAAUUGAAAAUAAGCAAUUUUGAAUAUUAGCAAAAUUGUGUUAAAACCUACUUUUUUUUUCCCCCAGAGACUAAAAACCUUGAGGGCUUUUUGUUCAUAAGGCAGAGAAAACACAGCUGGCAUUGUGGCAAGCAUUCAGGGCAUCAGACAUUUGGUGGCACUGUUGAAAAUGUAAUUCAUUAGUUGAUAAGGCAGUUUAGUGAAUAAUACCCAAUAAGUUUAUAGAACACAACAGCUUUAAAGAUGUUUUCAUAUACUUUGGGUCAGAGUUCUGGAUUGGUUAUUUGAUGUUCUUAUUAAAAGAACAAGUUUUUGGAAUGAGUGCAUAAAUUGUGGACAUCUUUGUGAGAAAACACGCCACUAGUCUAUUAAUUCGGGGCCUUGAUGAAAGAAUGUCUUUGUAUUCUAAAAUUUUAAACACCAUAUGACAAGACAACACCUGCCACCCCAAACCACAAUGUGUCUACAUUAUUAAACACCAUUUGAGAUGCUGCUGGAAGAAAUUCAAGCAUCAGAAAGCUCAGAAGAGAAGAUGUGCAUUUUAGAAAUUGACCUACUGCUUUUCUGCCGGAACACCACUAUGUCUACAGGAGAAGUGGUGACAUGGGAAUAAAAGAUCCCACUGUUCUGAAAAACACACACCUUCCUCUCAAAGGUGGUAAUGUUAAUGUUUAUUUUCUCCAGACAUCAACAUCAUAAAUCUGCCUUGUCUCAGCCUCGUCUUCCAAUAUUAUAAAUACAAGGUUUUCACAAACAGACAUCCGUAAAAGUCAGCAGAGCGUGACUUAGAAGCUCAUACAUUUACAGUGCCUUCAGCAGAGUCAGUGAUGACUACAUAGUGUUAUACCGAGAAAAACUCUGUUUCUGGGUCACCAUAUGAUCUGCAUCCCUCUUUCUAGCCUGUCAUAGGUAAAUGUGUGCUACUGGUCACAAAGUGAGGCUGCAUGAGAGAGAAUGGAAAAAGAGCUUGUCAGCAGCCUGAUUGAUGGGGGAUUCUUACAAUACCGGAAAAUAAAGGGCACACCACACAAACUAUGUGGCAUUCAGAGGUAGAGUAAUCGCAAAAAAGCUUCUAUAAUGUCCUAUAAAGAAACAAAUGCAUCUGUCAUGAAUUUAAUAUUUAUUCCAAUUGUGUCAACCAUCAGCUUCAAUGAACUUGUCCAAUGGAACAUGCUCAUCUUAGCAGCACCCAGGAAAAAGUUCUAUGGAAAUUGAACCAUGUGACCUUGCAGUGAUUUAAAUAGCAUUUCCCCAUCUAUAUUAUCUACUUGGUAAAAUCUAAAACCUUUGAAUUUCCUGUGUGAGAUAUUGUUGAACAUCAAUUAUUAUAUAAAGUUUCUCCCUCUUUGUGUACACUUAAGGCUGGAUGGAAUCGGGAGGGGAGGUUGAAGGGAGAGACAGGUAAGCAGAAGAAAAUAGGCCAAUACUGCUUCUUGCUACCUCUUCAUUACUAAUUCAGCUACAGAUGCUUUUUCCCUUCUCUCUGCUCCACAGACAGCCGGCACCAUGCGCCAGUGCCACCCCCUCACCGCCUCCUGCUCCCAUCAGGCCAACCAAGUGGAUAAACCCAGGGAAACAGAAGGAAGAUCUUUUAGGACAAGCUGUGUUCACUAUUUAGAAAUAGCAUUGAAAUGUGAAAAUUGUUUCUCAAGGAAUAGAUGCAGAGAUGGAAAUGUUCAUUGUUAAAAGUACUGCCCUAUAGCUGAUCCUAGUAUUAAAUAUUUGAUAUUGCAUUCUCCUCUGAGCUUUCUACUUUCUACCCUGUUUGUUUUCACAGGUCUUGGGUCAAAAUACACUAAAAAUACAAGGUAAUCAGCAGGUUUAGGCUUUUAUUCCCAUUUUUGCCUAGACUUCUUGUGUAUCAUUUAAGAUAUCAAUAACCUAAUGAGUGCUUGUGUCUUUACUCAAGGUGGAAUUAACAAACCCAUUCUUUUGCCUUCUUCAAGGAUGUGGUAAUGCUGAAUUUUUUUAAGGAUAUUCCAUAAAAACAGACUGAAGAGAAACUUUUUCUAUUAUAAGAAUAGAAAAGGUAUUGGAGAUCAGAAUGGCGCCAUAUUUGAGGCCCGUUUGCAGAUAGACUGGAAGCGUGAGAGCUCUCAACAUGGAGGCUCCUCUACUUCACUUGCGUCCACCAAAGUCUGCAGUUCGAUGGACGAGAACGAUGGACCUGGAGAAGGUGAAGUGUCGGAGGAAGGCUUCCAGAUUCCAGCCACAAUAACAGAAAGAUAUAAAGUCGGAAGGACAAUAGGAGAUGGAAAUUUCGCUGUUGUCAAGGAAUGUGUAGAAAGGUCUACAGCUAGGGAGUAUGCUUUGAAAAUUAUCAAGAAAAGCAAAUGUCGCGGCAAAGAGCACAUGAUUCAGAAUGAAGUGUCCAUUUUAAGAAGAGUGAAACAUCCCAAUAUUGUUCUUUUGAUCGAAGAGAUGGAUGUGCCAACUGAACUUUAUCUUGUCAUGGAAUUAGUAAAGGGAGGAGACCUCUUUGAUGCCAUUACUUCCACUAACAAGUACACUGAGCGAGACGCCAGUGGAAUGCUGUACAACCUGGCCAGUGCCAUCAAAUACCUGCACAGCCUGAACAUCGUCCACCGCGACAUCAAACCAGAGAACCUGCUGGUAUAUGAACACCAAGAUGGCAGUAAAUCACUGAAGCUGGGGGACUUUGGGCUGGCCACUAUCGUCGAUGGCCCUCUGUACACAGUCUGCGGCACCCCAACAUAUGUGGCUCCAGAAAUCAUUGCAGAGACUGGAUAUGGCCUCAAGGUGGACAUCUGGGCAGCUGGUGUAAUCACUUACAUUCUGCUGUGUGGUUUCCCUCCGUUCCGUGGAAGUGGUGAUGACCAGGAGGUGCUUUUUGAUCAAAUUCUGAUGGGACAAGUGGACUUUCCUUCUCCAUACUGGGAUAAUGUUUCUGAUUCUGCAAAGGAGCUCAUUACCAUGAUGCUGUUGGUCAAUGUUGAUCAGCGAUUUUCAGCCAUACAGGUCCUUGAGCAUCCCUGGGUUAAUGAUGACGGCCUCCCAGAAAAUGAACAUCAACUGUCAGUAGCUGGAAAGAUAAAGAAACAUUUCAACACAGGCCCCAAACCGAAUAGCACAGCUGCUGGAGUUUCUGUCAUAGCAACCACCGCUCUUGAUAAGGAGAGGCAGGUUUUCCGACGAAGACGCAACCAGGAUGUGAGGAGCCGGUACAAAGCACAGCCAGCUCCACCUGAACUCAACUCGGAAUCGGAAGACUACUCCCCAAGCUCAUCCGAGACUGUUCGCUCCCCCAACUCACCCUUUUAAUAAGACCCUUUUACUCGAAGUCCUAGCUUAACCCUUUGAGACUCUGAGAUUUUUGUCCCCCAAAAUUUAUGUAAAACGGUUUCAUCUGAUCCACCUAGCACUCAAUGCUUGAAUGGCAGAACAGAAGGUGUGUUUUCUGGUAUCUUUGUAGCAAUUUCCCUUUGCUGAAUGAGAUGACUUAUUGUUUGUCAAGAUGGCAAGUUGCUGCUAAUAGGGUCCUCAAAGGGUUAAAGCUAAUUUGCAACUUUUUUUAAACAUAGAAGCAAUGAAUGUUUUCAUCAGUCAAGCUAGGGUCUGCAGUAUGUAAUAUAGCACAUGUUAACCCUCUGAGUGCAUAGAAUUUUAUGGAGAAGCCGUGGGGAACUUGUCAGGCUGUAUAGCACAUGCUUCUUGAUUUUGCUGCAGAUCAAGGCAUGUUAUUAGGUGCUGAGAUGUCCAGACAAGAUGGGCAUCUAGAAUGAUUUUUUGGUUGUCCUUUUGCGUGGAUUUAGUACAUGGCAGGUUUAUCAAGUAGGCAUAUCACCCCUCUUUCUUCACAAUUCUAUUAAGAAAGGGACUUUGUAAAAUGAGAAAAUGACUAUCAACUGCCCAGUUCUGCAUCCCGAGUGGAGGGAACUGGGUUUGUGGCAAACAGCCUGACCCAGGACAUAGGUGGUGCCCCUCCACCAAAAAAUUGUCUCCAUAGGAAGAUGUGCUGAUGAUGCCCCAGAAAUGCUGCUUCCAUAUCAGCUGCUGCUAGUGCCAACACAGAACCUCGGAAAGUCACCAUUCCUUGUCUUGUGCUUGGUGAGUGAGGGUCUGCCUGCUCAGGUUGAGAAUCUACAAAAAGAAACAACCAGUGGAAAAGAGCAAUAAAUUGCCAGGUGCUCUCUAGGGCUGGGAUUUCAAACAGAAAGAGGAAACCAGAUCCUGUUCUUUUACUCACCGACUUUUUCAUGCACUGCAGUCUUUAGUGUCAAUUCCAUAUAGAGUAUAACAUCCAUACAUAGGAGCUCUGAGGCAAAGAGGGCUGGAGGCAAGUGCUUUGCAAAGUGACUAAAGAGAAACCACAGUGGGGAAACAAUCUAGAAUGUUCUAGAAAUGGUUUUAAGGAUAUAAACCACUGUCAAGACUAUUCAUGUGCACCCCUACGUUACCUAUAUAGAGCAUCCCAGAGAGAGGAGAAGGAUGGGAGACCUAGAAGAUACCCGUAAGGGUAAAGGGUUCAUUCCCGAGAAUGACUUUUUUUUUUAUACCAACUAUCUUGAGCUGUCCAGAGAGACAUGUUGUUUUUCUAACUUUGGGCCAAAUCCUAUCUGAAACCUUUAUUUUCACUCCUAUUACCAAAUCUUUUCUCCCUAGCCCUGUGUCUCUGGUGAGUUAUUUUUUGGAAUAUGUUGUGUUUCAAAAGGGCACCUGCCACUUUCUGCAUGUUACUGCAGAUUUUCAAGAGGAGGCUAGCCGUGGUGUCCUGGAGAUAGAACUUCAACUCAGAUAUCCUCCUAAGGUUUCCAAAGCUCUGUGAUCCAAGAGACAAGCAGUGAGUAAUGUCUCAGAAAAUUUGCAUCUGGAGGACCGAACAGCACUUAUUGUGUCUAUCUUGAAUAUACUUCAAUAUCUGAAAAUCUAGAAACUUGUAUAUGACAUUUCUAUAGUCAGUUCUUUAUUUUCAAAUACACUUUGAUCCUCAAUUUCUCCUUUUUACUCUUCAACUCAUAAACUACGGUCUAGAGUAAUAUAGAUUUAAAAAUCACAACAUGUCAGCACUUUUGCAAUGUAGUCUCCCCAGCCAUUUGCUCUUCCACAUUUAGGUUUACCUCAUCCAGCACACAGAUGGUGCAUUUAAAAUAAACAGAGGAAAAAAUGUGGAUAAACUUCUGAAAAUGCUUGUCCUGACAUGUAAACAAUUGAUUAUUUAUUAUUUUCCCCCUUUUAGGGAGUUCUGAUGACAUCACACAAUAUCCCAAAGCAGCAAGUCAGUUGGCUAUUUGGGGGAAGGAGAGCAGUAUACCAGGAAGGGUGUUGGUGUGUAGGUAGAUCCCAUAUUUAUAAAACAUUCCGAACUGCUCAGAAAUUGCUAGUUUCUCUAGAAUUAUAAAGCAAAGCACUAUUCUAAGACUAAGGAGUAAGUAUGUAGCUGAGCCUCAACUCUAAAUCUGUGAACAUAAAGACUCUCAUGUGCAGAGAUCUACCUGCAGUAGAUUGCCAUUUUCCUUUCUUUCUCUGAACAAUUGAUUUUCGUGUGGGUAUUACAUGUUUUGCUACAGCAUCUAGUGUACAGAAUCUCCGGUGCACAGUUUAGGCCUCUUUCCAGCCCAUCUUUGGGAGACUCUGAACUGGAUGAAGCCACAGGGUAUUUCCCAGCACACUGCAGAAGGGGCAGCUCAGCAGAAUGCAGGGCCCAUUCAGCAUGGGGAUCCCAGGGCAUUGCUGUAGAAUGUGAGUGAUCUAUGCUGAAUAAACAGUGGAAUGUGACCUGUCAAGUAGAAAUAUGGAGUAAUCAGAUGGAAUGCAAUCUUUUCAGCAUUAAACUACUGAGAUCCUGAAUGUCAGGGAUGUACUCAGAGGGUUAACAGACAAGCACAAGGCAUGCUGAUUACGUUGGUGUAUCCAGACUGCUUUGCUUUUAGCCAGUGCUUUCUGAUUUUUUUCAUGACAUUCUUGGGAUAGUUCGAGUAUGAAAUAAUUAAGUGGUGGUGUUCUUUAAGGAAUUUCUAUAACCAAAUUGAUCUUAUUUUUUAUUUUGCUUUAUCAUAGAACAAAUAUGUACCAUUAUGGCAGUGUAUCUCUGUAAUUAUCAAUUUAAUCAUUGCCACAAGUGUUUCCAUAUUUUUUCCUAAGUAUUUAAUAUAGCUCUUAUGGUGGUGGCCUGGUGAUGGGGACUGUCUUUCCUUUACUGAUACAUGACCAACCAUAGGGUAUUUUCAAGGGAAUUUUAAGAUUCAUCUUUUCAGUUCAGUAGUAGACUAGUUAAGGAAGAACUCCUUCAUUACUUGCAUUGUGUAAAUCAUCUCUGUAGAUGAGAACUGUUCAUAUUGAUGAACACAUUUUUUUCUUGACAUUGUAGCAGAAACCAUUUUAUUCAUCAUAAUCAAUGGGUAUGUGAUUUGCUCCAGAUCGUUAGAAGGAAGAGUAAGAUUUCAGUCAUUGAGAAUUUUUCUACCGUAGCCCUCAUCUAACUUACACGUGGUGCAUAUUAAAAUAAGCAGAGGAAAAAAAUGCAAAUAAACUACUGAAAACCCUUGGUGUUUUGUAUUCAAUGAGACCUUCCUGCAACCUGCUUAGCACCCCCAUGGGUAGUGGUUAACAGGCCCAUCAGAUAUUGUUGAAAGAAAGCAAUAUAUCCAUGAACGGAGGCUAAAAUUGCAAUCCUUUACCCUUUGAGGCAUAUUUCAGUUGGAAAAAAAAUAAAGAAGAAAAAUUGGUUAGCUUUGGGUCACGGAGCUACUAUAUGACCAAGACUCACGCACAUUAAAUCACAGUGUUUGCUGGCCAAGGGCAUCCACUAUACAACUCUAUCUCCUCUGCCCCCACUUGGAGAUUGUGCUUCUGGGAGAGCUUUCUUCAUGUUACUGCCACUGCCUGCUAGCCCUUCCCUGGGUAAGACUCUGUCAGCAUUUCCAUGAUAAACUUCUAUUUUCAAAGGUUUUUAAUUUGACCAUUAAAAGCCAUGCCUCAGGCUGAAGGUUGCAAUAUAGGGCCUGCACCAAGAAUAAAGGUUCACUUCCUUUUUUUCUCUGUCCAGUUCUGUCCAGAAAAGGACAACAACAACAAAAAAAUCUGGUCUGUUCUGUCCUUCAUUGUACUUGCAGAAUUUUGGAAGGCACCGAGAUUCAAGAUGACAGUUUUAUUGUACUUAUUCAAUUGAAUAUGGGUUUUGAAAAAAAAAAAUUAAAUCCCCCAGCAUAAUUUGUAAAUCAUUCACCUUUUAAACUGCUACAUGACUUUUUUUUGGUUCAAAGUUUAAAAAAAAAAAACAAAACUUGAAGUUGGUCAGUUCAAAGGUUAGCCUUUCCUCUGUGUUGUCUGCCAUUUCCAUUAAGAGUUGGAGAAAUAUACUCUCAGACCCUUACUUUGCAUGCAGUGACAAAGGGUCGAAUAUAUACUUCUUUGGGAGAUAUGGAUUUCUUUUUAUAAUCACCAAGUUUCAUGAAACCAUUCUAGUCUGUUGGGGAAAAUAAUGAUUAAAAGCACUUCCAAAAUUAAUAUUUUUAUUGAUACAGAUGUGAUAAGUAGACCAUAAAAUAUCAUACUUGCUGUCCUUGUUCAUUUAAAAGUAAAUACAGCAACAAAAACUUGAAGACACAUUAAACAUUUGAUCGCUGCAAAUGUGCUUUAAAAAUUGGCUCAAUGGUGCUUAUACAUGAAACAGUAACAAAUGGGAUCCCUAGGACUGUCAGAAGGAAUCUUUAAUUUGUAUGUAAUUACAUACUUGAGAAGGAGGUGCUUUUAAGCCAGUCUUUUAUUUUUUAAUCAUCGCAAAUAUGCAUCCAUCCAUCCAUCCAGUAACUUUAAGGGUCGUAAACUGGUGGGAAACAGGAAAUUCAAUGUAGAGGCUUAGAAUGCCUCUGGUUGGGUGUUUUUUUUUCCCCUUUGGUUUUUUGUUGUUGUUGUUGGACUUCAACACUGAAGCUGCCGUGAUCAUUUUUCAGUGAGUGAGCUUCUAACUGGCAGGUGUUUUGAUCAUGAGGUUUGCAAUAUCUUACCCUUAGAGACAAGUGAGAGAUCUAGUUUCAUUCUUUUUCCCUAAAAGGAAGAGCGCUCUACAAUUAAACGAUACCUGUAAAUUUCCUCAACAUUCUUUUCUGGUUAACUGAAGUGAGACCCUUAAUGUUGCUUUAAUGUAAAAUUGUAUAUUUUUGUCUGUGAUAUACUUUAUUAAUUUAAAGUAAAUAAUAGUUCUAAAAGCCUUCACUGUCAGUAAAAAGAAAGUAGGAUUUAAAAGGUGAUGAUAAAGAUGCUAUAAUGUCAAUUCAUUCCAGUCCAAUCGAAUGUGGUAAGAAAAAGACCUUGAAUAGUUCUCUAGGGACAAUUUCUCACUUGCCAAUGACAUUAAUCUUUGAUGUAUUCUCAGAAAAAAUAAAAGGAAAUUGAAACUGGUCCAAGGUUAGAGUCAUAUCCUUGAUAACUAUUUUUUUUAAUUUUAUUAGGAAAUUAAUAAUAGCCUUUUUCAUUCUGGCUGAAAGAAAAUUAUUAAAGGAUUAGUUGAGUGUGAAAUUAAAUAGUAUUUUGCUCAUGCAUACUAAAAAGGUGGUCUAGGAACUUGAUGCAUUUAAACAAGUUUCCAAAAGGUUUCAAUUUGGUACAAGAAAAAAAAUCCAAUGUUUUGAAAAUACUGAAUUUAUCAAUUGCUGCAUGGAUCAGAUGACAUAGGUUAAUCAUUGAUUUUCAGAAUCUUAAUGAAAUAACUUUCAAAUGAUUUGUAUCCAUGAUUAAAGCUGGAAUGAGAUCCAAUUUUUCCCCUAAUCUCUCAGUUUAAGCUAAUAAAUGUAGGUUAAUGUGGAAUGAAAUCAUCUGUGAUAUAUUAUGUUCAUUUAUCAACUGAGCUUUUUGAUGUUGCCUGUUUUUAUGUAAAACAUGUUCUUAAAGCUAAUAAAAUAAUAGUACUUGGUGUAUGAACUACUACGUAAUACCCUAGCUGCAGCGUCCACUCCUGAGUUCACUUUGCCGUAAUGGAAUAAAAUUUCAUUUUAGUUCAGUUCAUAAUUGGCAUAUUCGGUCCACGGAGGACUAACCCAGCUGUGUUCUUGAGGGGAAUUCUCUCUAUGCAAGGUUUUA